CCGAUCAAUCAAACUAGUAGUUGUAAAUAUAUUUCUGCACGAUUCAAUUGGGUUGGGUUUCAAUCAUUUCUAGAAGAAGAAGAAGAGGAAGAAGCAGCAGCACAUGGUUGGUUCCUCAUCGCCAUCUCCUUCCCCUUUUCUUCUGCCAUAUAAAGAUUUUCUGACAGGUUCCUACUAAGUCACGGCCCACCACAAGAUUUGAAGUGUCAAACAAGACAGGCCACAUCGCAUGGUAAUGCCCCUUGAUACAAGUAGCCCAUUACCACCGUGCCUUGAAAAAUCCUGGAUUCUCUACCAACUAUAUAAUGCCAUGAGAAAUUUUUGUACCCUUUUGUGGAAAAGUUCCUGACGACAAGACAGAGCACACGAUCGGUUUUGAGGAAAGAUGGAGGAAAGGUUGCAGAGGAAUGUCGCUGAUGAUGCUUCGCCCUUCUUGCUGCUCGAAGCCACCGGCGAUUCCGAGGUGGAUGGGAGGGAUCCCCAGCACGAGGGGGUUCCGAUGGAGGUGGACGACGCGGAGUCCUGCAGCUACGACUCGUCUGACUGGAUCGAUGCAGACGACGUCGGGGGGGAAUACGACGACGCCACGGCAUGGCUGGGAGAUUGUCAUGAAGAGGAUGAGGAUGAGUUCGAGGACGAGCAGGACAGUCAUGUGCAGCUUCCAAAAGUGGAGUACAAGUCCUUGGUCUCGGUGGAGUCGACCAAUGAGUUGAUGAAUGAGAUGGAGAGGAGCAAGCUGUUUUGGGAGGCUUGCCUGGCUUCUUGAUCCUGGGGGGUGCGCUUCUUUUUUCGGCUUCCCGGGUUCGCCUUCAAGCCUACAAUAUCGCUUGACGGCUAUAAAUUCUUUUUGCCUUUUUGUUCAGCCAGUAAGUGCACAUAGGAAUGAAAUGAAUGCCUAACUUAUUGUCGAGCUGUGCCUCCAUGUUAUAUGAAUGGAGAAGGCUUGAUUCUUGAAAAGCUAUUUUCAGUUCGAGUUUUAGCUCAAGUAAGACUCCAAUUA